CUGGAUGAAGCCAUUUCCGUGUCCGGCGACGACCUCAAGGCUACAGUCGCCUCCAUUUUCGAGAAGGUGGGUGUGCCGCCGGAGGAUGCCGAGGUGGGUGCCGAUGUGUUGGUGCUGGCCGACCUUCGGGGCGUUGACAGUCACGGCGUUUCCAACAUGCUGCGGAGCUAUCUGGGCGGCUACCAGCGGGGCGAAAUCAACCCCCGGCCCAACAUGAGCAUUGUUCGGGAGACCGCCGCCACCGCCAGCGUCGAUUCGGAUCGGGGAUUGGGCACCAUCGUAACCCCCAAGGCCAUGGAAAUCGCCAUCCGCAAGGCGAAGGAAGUGGGCGUUGGCAUGGUCACCAUUGGCAACUCCCGCCACCUGGGCAUGGCCUCCUACCACGCCAUGCUGGCCCUUGAACACGAUAUGAUUGGCAUCUGCAUGACCAGCGCGCCGCCCCGCAUGGUGCCAACCUUCGGCGCCGAGCCCCGGCUGGGCACCAACCCCAUCGCGGUUGCCGUCCCCGCUCGCAACGAGCCGCCUUUCGUAUUUGACGCCGCCACCAGCUCAGUGGCCCAGAACAAGAUAGAAAUUGCCCGCCGCCUGGGCGCCGACCUGGAGCCCGGCUGGCUGGCCACCGAGGACGGCACCCCCAUCAUGGAGGAAGUGCCCGUCCCCGAGACCUACCACCUGCUGCCCGUGGGCGCAACCCGCGAACUGGGCUCCCACAAGGGCUACGGCCUGGCCUGCGUGGUGGACAUCUUCGCCGGAGUGCUCACCGGCUUCGGCUAUGGCGCGGUGCCCGGGCGCCCCAACUUCGGCCACUAUGUCGCCGCCUACAAUAUUUCCGGUUUCGACGACCCCGACCACUUCAAGGACGAGAUGGACGGCUGGCUCCAGAUGAUGAAGAGCACCAAGCCGGCCCCGGGCCAUGAGCGGGUGCUGGUAGCAGGCCAGCCCGAGGCUGAGAUGGAAGCCGUCCGCCGCAAGGACGGUAUUCCUCUGCAUCCCGAGGUAGUCCAGUUUAUGCGCGACACCUGCGCUGAGUUGUCGGUGCGGUGUUUGUUCUAG